CUCCUCUGGUCCUCCUCCUCCUCCUGGUCCUCCUCCCCCAGGCCCGCCUGACACCCCGCCAGCUGCCAGCCCACCGCACGCACCCCUCAGAGCCGGCUCCGGCCCCCCGAUGCUCCGGCCUUAGGGUCCCUCCGGAGCCCCCCAUCAUCCCCAUCCCCAUCUCCAUCACUCCCGCGACCCCAGGACCCGGCUCCAUCGUCGCCACCGACGCAGCCUCCAAAGGCUUGGGAGUUCCUCCAACACUAUGAGCAGCACCCUUUCACCCACGGACUUUGACAGUCUGGAGAUCCAGGGUCAAUACAGCGACGUCAACAACCGCUGGGAACUUCCCGACGCUGACUGGGACAAUGAGAACAGCUCGGCCCGGCUCUUCGAGCGCUCCCGGAUCAAGGCUUUGGCAGAUGAGCGAGAGGCCGUGCAGAAGAAAACCUUCACCAAAUGGGUGAACUCUCACUUGGCCCGAGUGACCUGCCGUGUCGGGGACCUGUAUAGCGACCUGCGGGAUGGGCGCAACCUUUUGAGGCUCCUGGAGGUGUUGUCCGGGGAGACGCUGCCCAAGCCCACGAAAGGCCGCAUGCGGAUCCAUUGCCUGGAGAACGUGGACAAGGCCCUGCAGUUCCUGAAAGAGCAGAAAGUGCAUUUGGAAAACAUGGGCUCCCAUGACAUCGUGGAUGGGAACCACCGCCUUACCCUCGGGCUGGUCUGGACCAUCAUCCUUCGCUUCCAGAUCCAAGAUAUCAGUGUGGAGACAGAAGAUAACAAGGAGAAGAAAUCGGCCAAGGAUGCAUUGCUGCUGUGGUGCCAGAUGAAGACAGCUGGGUAUCCCAACGUCAACGUGCACAAUUUCACCACCAGCUGGAGAGAUGGGCUGGCCUUCAACGCUAUCGUCCACAAGCACCGACCGGACCUGUUGGAGUUCGAGUCCUUGAAGAAGUGUAACGCCCACUACAAUCUACAAAAUGCCUUCAAUCUGGCGGAGAAGGAGCUGGGCCUCACCAAACUGCUGGAUCCCGAAGACGUGAAUGUGGACCAACCGGAUGAGAAGUCUAUCAUCACCUACGUGGCCACCUACUAUCACUACUUCUCCAAGAUGAAGGCUCUGGCCGUGGAGGGCAAACGCAUCGGCAAGGUGCUGGACUACGCGUUGGAAGCAGAACGGCUGGUGGAGAAAUACGAGUCCCUGGCCUCGGAGCUGCUGCAGUGGAUCGAACAGACCAUAUUGACCCUCAACGACCGGCAGCUCGCCAACUCGCUGGGCGGGGUGCAGAAUCAGCUACAGUCCUUCAACUCCUACCGCACCGUGGAGAAGCCCCCAAAGUUCACGGAGAAAGGAAACUUGGAAGUACUGCUCUUCACCAUCCAGAGCAAGCUGCGGGCCAACAACCAGAAAGUGUAUGCCCCCCGGGAGGGCCGCCUCAUCUCCGACAUCAACAAGGCCUGGGAGCGGCUGGAGAAGGCAGAGCACGAGCGGGAAUUGGCUCUUCGCACGGAGCUGAUCCGGCAGGAGAAGCUGGAGCAGCUGGCCGCCCGCUUCGACCGCAAGGCCGCCAUGCGGGAGACGUGGCUCAGCGAAAACCAACGCCUCGUGGCCCAGGACAACUUCGGGCUGGAGCUGGCGGCCGUGGAAGCGGCGGUGAGGAAGCACGAGGCCAUCGAGACGGACAUCGUGGCCUACAGCGGGCGGGUGCAGGCGGUGGGCGCGGUGGCCGCGGAGCUGGAGGCCGAGCGCUACCACGACAUCCAGCGCAUCGCCGCCCGGCAGCACAACGUGGCCCGCCUCUGGGACUUCCUCCGCCAGCUGGUAGCCGCCCGCCGGGAGCGGCUGCUCCUCAACCUCGACCUCCAGAAAGUCUUCCGGGAUUUAGUCUACCUCAUGGACUGGAUGGAGGAGAUGAAGGUUCGGUUGCAGUCUCAGGACUUGGGCAAGCACCUGGCUGGAGUGGAAGACCUGCUGCAGCUGCACGGGCUGGUGGAAGCGGACAUCGCCGUGCAGGCCGAGCGGGUGCGGGCCGUGAGCGCCUCUGCCCUCCGGUUCACUGCCCCUGGGACAGGAUACAAGCCAUGCGACCCCCAGCUGGUAUCGGAGCGGGUGUCGUCCCUGGAGCGGGGCUACAAGGCCCUGUGUGAGCUGGCGGGCACGCGGCGGGCCCGGCUGGAGGAGUCGCGCCGCCUGUGGCGCUUCCUCUGGGAGGUGGGCGAGGCGGAGGCCUGGGUGCGAGAGCAGCAGCACCUCCUGGCCUCGGCCGAGCCCGGGCGGGACCUGACGGGCGUCCUGCGUCUGCUGAGCAAGCACGCGGCCCUGCGCGACGAGAUGAGCGGCCGCCUGGGCCCGCUGCGCCAGACCCUGGAGCAGGGCCGUCGACUGGUGGCCGAAGCCCACCCGGGGGCCGAGCAGGCGGCCGCCCGCGGGGCCGAGCUGGAGGCCCAGUGGGAGCGGCUGGAGGCCCUGGCCGAAGAGCGGGCCCAGGGCCUGGCCCAGGCGGCCGGCCUCUACCAGUUCCAGGCGGAGGCCAACGACGUCGAGGCCUGGCUCCUGGACGCCCUGCGCCUGGUGUCCAGCCCCGAGCUGGGCCACGACGAGUUCUCCACGCGGGCCCUGGCCAAGCAGCACCGGGCCCUGGAGGAGGAGGCGCGGGGCCGCCGGCCGGCGCUGGCCGCCCUGAGGGAGCAGGCCGCGGCCCUGCCGCCGGCCCUGGCCCGCGCCCCGGAGGUGCGGGGCCGGCUGCCCGCCCUGGAGCUGCGCUCCGCGGAGCUGCGGGCCCGGGCGGGCGAGCGGGCCCGGGCGCUGGAGGCCGCCCUGGCCCACUACACCAUGCUGAGCGAGGCCGGGGCCUGCGGGCUCUGGGUGGAGGAGAAGGAGCAGUGGCUCAACGGUCUGGCCUUGCCCGAGCGCCUGGAAGACCUGGAGGUCGUCCAGCAGAGGUUUGAGACCCUGGAGCCAGAAAUGAACGCGCUGGCGGCCCGCAUCGCCGCCGUGAACGGAAUUGCGGAGCAGCUGCUUGGUGCUGAUCCCCCUGGUAGGGACAGUAUUGUCGCCACCCAGGACCAGCUUAAUAACAGGUGGGCGCAGUUCCGGAGCCUGGCGGACGGCAAGAAGGCGGCCCUGACGUCGGCUCUGAGCAUCCAGAACUACCACCUGGAGUGCACGGAGACCCUGGCCUGGAUGCGGGAGAAGACCAAGGUCAUCGAAUCCACCCAGGGCCUGGGCAACGACCUGGCCGGGGUGCUGGCCCUCCAGCGCAAGCUGGCCGGCACCGAGCGCGACUUGGAGGCCAUCGGGGCCCGCGUGGGCCAACUGGCCCGGGAGGCGGACGGCCUGGCCGCCGGCCACCCGGCCCAGGCCCCGGCCAUCGAGGCCCGGCUGGGCGAGGUCCGGGCCGGCUGGGAGGGCCUGCGGGCCACCAUGCGCCGGCGGGAGGAGUCCCUGGGGGAGGCCCGGCGGCUCCAGGACUUCCUGCGCAGCCUGGACGAUUUCCAGGCCUGGCUGGGCCGCACGCAGACGGCCGUGGCCUCCGAGGAGGGGCCGGCCACCCUGCCCGAGGCCGAGGCCCUGCUGGCCCAGCACGCGGGGCUGCGGGGCGAGGUGGAGCGGGCCAGGGGCGAGUACGGCCGGCUGAGGGCCCUGGGCGAGGAGGUGACCCGCGACCAAGCGGACCCCCAGUGCCUCUUCCUGCGGCAGCGACUGGAGGCCCUGGGCACCGGCUGGGAGGAGCUGGGCCGCAUGUGGGAGAGUCGCCGGGGCCGCCUGGCCCAGGCCCACGGCUUCCAGGGAUUCCUGCGGGAUGCCCGGCAGGCCGAGGGCGUCCUCAGCAGUCAGGAGUACGUGCUGUCGCACACGGAGCUGCCGGGGACCCUGCAGUCCGCCGACGCGGCCAUCAAGAAGCUGGAGGACUUCCUGAGCACCAUGGACGCCAACGGGGAACGGAUCCGCGGGCUGCUGGAGGCCGCGCGGCGGCUCGUGGACGGCGGCAACAUCCACGCCGAGAAGAUCCAGGAGAAGGCGGACUCCGUCGAGGGCAGGCACAAGAAAAACCAGGACGCCGUGCAGGAGCUGCUGGGUCGCCUGAGGGACAACCGGGAGCGGCAGCACUUUCUGCAGGAUUGCCACGAGCUGACUCUGUGGAUCGACGAGAAGAUGCUGACGGCCCAGGACGUGUCCUACGACGAGGCCCGCAACCUGCACACCAAGUGGCAGAAGCACCAGGCGUUCAUGGCCGAGCUGGCUGCCAACAAAGACUGGCUGGAGAAGAUCAACAAGGAGGGCCGGGCCCUGUCGUCGGAGAAGCCGGAGCUGGAGCCGCUGGUGCGGGAGAAGUUGAAGGCCCUGCAAGGCCGUUGGGAGCACCUGGAGAGCACCACCCAGGCCAAGGCCCGCAGCCUCUUCGACGCCAACCGGGCCGAGCUGUUUGCCCAGAGCUGCUCUGCUCUGGAGAGCUGGAUGGGCACCCUGCAGGCCCAGCUGCACUCCGAUGACUAUGGCAAGGACCUCACCAGCGUCAACAUCCUGCUCAAGAAACAGCAGAUGCUGGAACGGGAGAUGGCUAUAAGAGAGAAAGAAGUGGAAGCCAUCCAGGCCCAGGCGGCAGCCCUGGCCCAGGAGGAGCCAGGGGCCGGGACCGGAGCCGGGGAAGUGGAGAGCACCUCGCGAGCCGUGGAGGAGAAAUUCCAGGCCCUGCGGAAGCCCCUGCAGGAUCGUUGCCGGCGCCUCUUGGCUUCGCGUGAGCAGCAUCAGUUCCACCGGGACGUAGAAGAUGAGAUCCUAUGGGUGACGGAACGGAUCCCCAUCGCUGCCUCCACGGAGCAUGGCAAGGAUCUGCCCAGUGUCCAGCUCCUCAUGAAGAAGAACCAGACGCUGCAGAAGGAGGUGCAGGGCCACGAGCCCCGGAUCGCAGACCUCCGGGAAAGGCAGCAGGCGCUGGGAGCGGCGGCCCGGCCGGAGUUGGCCACCCGGGUGGCGGAGCUGCGGGCCCUGUGGGACCGGCUGGGCCACGAGCUGGACCAGCGCGGGGCCCGGCUGCAAGAGGCCCUGCGGGCGCAGCAGUUCUACCGGGACGCCGCCGAGGCCGAGGCCUGGAUGGGCGAGCAGGAGCUGCACAUGAUGGGCCGGGAAAAGGCCAAGGAUGAGCUGAGUGCCCAGGCGGAGGUGAAGAAGCACCAGGUUUUGGAGCAGGCCCUGGAGGAUUACGCCCAGAACAUCCACCAGUUGGCACUUAGCAGCCAAGAAAUGAUCGCCAACAACCAUCCUGAGAGGGAGCGCCUGUCAGUCCGCCAAGCCCAGGUGGACAAGCUGUACGCCAGCCUGAAGGAGCUGGCGGGAGAGCGGCGGGGGCGGCUUCAGGAGCACCAGCGGCUGUGCCAGCUGCGCCGUGAACUGGACGACCUGGAGCAGUGGAUCCAGGAGCGCGAGGUGGUGGCCGCCUCCCACGAGCUGGGCCAGGACUACGAGCACGUCAUGAUGCUCCGAGACAAGUUCCGGGAGUUUUCACGCGACACGAGCACCAUCGGUCAGGAGCGGGUGGACGGCGCCAACCGGCUGGCGGACGGCCUGAUAGCCGGGGGCCACGCGGACCGGGCCACGGUGGCCGAGUGGAAGGACGGGCUGAACGAGGCCUGGGCCGACCUCCUGGAGCUGCUGGACACCCGGGGCCAGGUGCUGGCCGCGGCCUACGAGCUGCAGCGCUUCCUGCACGGGGCCCGCCAGGCCCUGGGCCGGGUGCAGCAGAAGCAGCAGCAGCUGCCGGACGGGGCCGGCCGCGACCUCAACGCCGCCGAGGCCCUGCAGCGCCGACACUGCGCCUACGAGCACGACAUCCAGGCCCUCAGCGCCCAGGUUCAGCAGGUUCAGGAGGACGGACGGAGGCUGCAGAAGGCCUACGCGGGCGAGAAGGCGGAAGAGAUCGGGCGGCACAUGAAGGCCGUGGCCGAGGCCUGGGCGCAGCUGCAGGGGAGCUCCGCCGGCCGACGCCAGCUCCUCCUGGACACGGGGGACAAGUUCCGCUUCCUCAAAGCCGUGCGGGAACUCAUGCUGUGGAUGGACGGCGUCAACCUCCAGAUCGACGCCCACGAGCGGCCCCGGGAUGUGUCCUCGGCUGACCUGAUCAUCAAGAAUCACCAGGGCAUCAAGGCGGAGGUAGAGGCCCGCGCCGACUGCUUCUCCUCCUGCAUCACCAUGGGCCAGGAGCUGCUCACCAAGAACCACUACGCGGCCGAGGAGAUCUUGGAGAAGCUGUCUCAGCUGCGGGCCCGGCGCCAGGAGACGGCGAACAAAUGGCAGGAGAAGAUGAAUUGGCUGCAACUUGUUCUGGAAGUGCUGGUUUUCGGGAGAGACGCCGGGGUGGCCGAGGCCUGGCUGUGCAGCCAGGAGCCUCUGGUGCGCAGCGCGGAGUUGGGCUGCACGGUCGACGAGGUCGAGAGCCUGAUCAAGAGGCACGAAGCCUUCCAGAAGGCCGCCGUGGCUUGGGAGGAGCGUUUCGGUGCCCUGGAGAAGCUCACGGCGCUGGAGAAGGAGCAGCAGCAGAGGCGGGAGGAGGAGGAGCGGAGGAGAAAACCCCCAACUCCAGAGCCCGUGAUCAGUUUACCCCCAGAGGACCUCGACGACCAGACGGCGCCGGCCGUCCCGUGGAAUGGGAAUCACUACCGGCUCCCGUCGUCCCUCACCGUCAACGGAGUCUGCACGGAGGCAGAAUCACCACAGCUCCUGUCCGAGCAGCAGGGAUUGGAAUUGGCCGGUUUCCUAGAAGGCCCUGCGUCCGACACAGCAGAGGCAACCAACGGGCCAAGGGGGGAGAGGCCGGGCCGGGCCCGGGGCCCCGGCCCCUCUCCCGGGGCCUGGGGAAGGGGCCCCGAACCAGCCCACUCCGCCACCGUGACCCCUCGGGGCCCUGAGCUUUCGGCCCAGGAGCAGAUGGAAGGGAUGCUCUAUCGCAAGCAGGAAAUGGAAGCCCUGGGCAAGAAGGCGGCCAACAGGUCGUGGCAGACAGUGUACUGUGUCCUGCGCCGGGGCAGCCUCGGUUUCUACAAGGACGCACGGGCGGCCGGCCUGGGGGUGCCCUACCACGGAGAAGUGCCCGUCAGCCUGGCCAGGGCCCAGGGCAGCGUGGCCCUCGACUACCGCAAGCGCAAGCACGUCUUCAAGCUCGGCUUACAAGACGGAAAGGAGUAUCUGUUCCAGGCCAAGGAUGAGGCGGAGAUGAGUUCCUGGCUCCGAGUGGUGAACGCCGCCAUCGCCGCCGCCUCCCCGGACCCCGUAGAGCCCGAGGAGCCGGGGCCCGGCGUCUCUCGGGGCAUGACCCGGGCUACGACCAUGCCCCCCGUGCUGCCCACGGGGGCCGAGGGACCGGUCGCCCUCCGCGCCAAGGAUGGCAAAGAGCGGGAGCGGGAGAAACGCUUCAGCUUCUUCAAGAAGAGCAAGUAGGAGGGGCGGGAGAAGCGCCUACUUGCCUGCCUACUGCCGGGGACACCCCCAUCACCAGGGACCGUUGCCAGGACAACUGCCUGCUGCUAGGGACCGUUGCCGGGGUAACACCCAUCCCAGGGGAUCGUCGCCGGGGACAACCCAUUAUUUUCAGGGGGAACCCCUCUCUUCUGCUAUUUAAUUCCCAGGCUGGUGGUGGGGCCCAGGCAACCCCCAACUCCGACCUCUUCCCUCCCACCCCCGUGUGCUGCUGCCAUGUUGGGGAGGUCAGUCUUCCUCCUUCCCCGUCCGGCCUGGCGGCGUGGUCCCCGCCGCGGCCUCCUCGUGGACGUAAGCCGGUGGCCGGUGGCCGCCACCGCCCCAAGGCCACUCUCUCUCCUCUCAGCUAGGUCCCCUUUUGGCUCCUUGCCCCCGCCGGGAUCCGGCCUAGAACCUCUCAGAGCCGGAGGCAAAUCCUCGGGAGAACGAGGGCUGGAUGUCGGUGCCAGUGAUGCUGGAGGCCUCCUCCCUAGGGCCCUCCCUGAGAUGCCCACCCCAAUCCCCCCCCAUAUCUGCCGCACUCAACUCCAUCUGGUCUGGAAGGAGUCUCUAAUGGCGCGUCCGGCCGCGGAGGUGAUUAAACGGCUCAGCUUCUCUCGUC